GGCUGCAUUCCCUAAUAUGCAUUAUCAUCGUUUUCAUUAUACUAGGAGAAUUCAUUCAUUGCAUUCUCACCGAUUACUUUCAAGAUGAAAUCUACUGCGGAUUUAUCAGGGGAACGCUCGAUGCAGCCUUUCCAGAUGCUUUUGCGUGUGCGCCGUCGCCGAUCUCGCAAAGGUAUUAGCGAGAAAGCGACAGAAGAUGAUGGAGACAUGCCACCGCGUGUCCGAGUGCGAUGGGAUGACAACUCCGGACAUGUUCCUCUCAUCUCAGCAUGCGAUCAUUAUACGAAUUCGUUAGAAUUGUCUUCGUCAACUGAAACUGCUGUUUUCCAACGCUUGCAGAAAAAUGUUACUAUAUCCCGUGGACAAGGGCACAUGGAGAGAGCCCUAACGUCGUCACUUAUAUCGGAUAGUAAGGCUAAUGAGGUGGGUGGGACCACACUUUGCGUCAAUGCUGUUAAGCGAGCCCAUCAGUAUAUUCUGAUUGAUUGUGUAGCAGGGGAUAUUGAGACACCAUUGGGCACCGGUGAAGAAAUGAAAGAAGAUCUUUACGUGAUGUUAACGGACUCUAGCAAGCUACAAAAGGACACGCCGUCGCCUACAUGCAGCGACCACAGCGAUGAAUUCGAUUUUGACAAACUAACCAUAAGUGAAAGACCUCUACCUGCAAUUCACCCGAUUCGACAGAUCGGGAAGCGCCCGCGUGAUGCCAGCGGUUCGGUGCACACGUUUUUCCUAGUACCAUCCCGACGUGCACGACCAGAUGGAGGAGGGGUCGACGCGGAGGCGCCUUCUUCUUCAUGGCCACCGAUUUGUGAGGACCAUGACAACACCCUAUUGGAUUGCAUACAUGGUUACGGGGACUUCGCUCCAUUUGUUCUCGAGAGUAGCGGGGCGGCUCAGGAGGAUCUUUACUGUUGUGCGGAUCACCGCAAAGACGAUGAGUACGACAGUAAUGCAGAGGAUUUCUCAGCGAACGAUUACCCCGAAACUGAGCAGUUAGACAAUUCGAUGCCAGACAUAGAUGACGACUGCACAGCCCACGAGGACAACGCAUUUAGUGAAAUUUGUCGGGCGUCAAGACGUUGCACUGAUUACGGCGUUUUCUGCGAGCCGGAUUAUCUUGAAACCUCCUUAGGUGAGGGCUGGGAAAGCGAUUAAGAAUGAAAUUAACAGUCAAUGAAAUAUAAUGACCGGAGUUUAUUUAUGCAUUUAGAUCCAUAUUCUCCUUCUGUGACUUAACCCGGCCUUGACAUAAAAUAUGAGGUGGCAUAAUUUAUUCAUAUUGAGUUUGUGAUCGUUUAUUCAGUUCUAACUCCGAAGUAUGUGUUGUUUAAGGGGCUGCAUUUAUUAAUGUAGCCAUUUACAGGGAAAAAA